UCACACCAGCUCAUUUUUCAUCACCAGAGAAACUAGAGCUUCGAGCCAGGAGCCUGCUGGCACCACAAAGGACUUGUGCCUGGGUGACCAGGCACCUGACCUCUUCCCAGACCCGGGUUAAACAGGUAGGGGAGUGUCACUGGUGGGCUAGCAGGGGGUGAGUUGGCCUACUCCAGCCCAGUUCACAGAGAUUUGGAAGGAGGCGAGUCACGGGUGCCCAUGGCCUCAUCCUCUUUGGCCUCUAAGUGAUUUUCUCUUCGUGGUUCACGGUCAGACUUUUGUUCUUCUUGGCUUGACGUUCCUGCUUAAUUCAGACCAGGAUGGAGCGCAGUAUUUUUACACAAAUUGAACAACUCCGGGGAAGGACAGACAGUGCCCUGGAAGGAGCCUAGCUCUUUAAGUGAAGGGCUCUCAGACAGAAAUGAUUGUCCAGUCUGCUGGGAGAUGUCUCCCUUUGUGCCAUCUCUUUUUCUUUUCCUGCUGAAGUGAGGGGGGGGCAUCAGGGUGACUGGGUCAAGAGAAGGGUCUUCCAGUGGAUUCCCUCCUAUCUUGGGGAGAAAGCGGUGGAAGGCAAACGAAAGAUUUCUACGCCUUGAGAGACAUCCAUUUGAGGGGUAAGGGGGAUGAUCAAGCCUGAGGUGAAGGCAAGGAAGGUGAAUGCAGUCUCGGACCCUGACUCUGUCCUGUGCGAUACUUCUUGUCUCUCACUUCUUCAAACUCAGAACCUAAGUCCCGCCGAUAGGGAGGGCGCGCCAGUGCAGCUGCCCCGGUCGGGGCGGAGGAGCGAAGAGGAGGAAAGAAGGAUCUGGGAGGACCACGGCUGCUCGGACCUGAGACGGGCUAGAUAGUGCAAUCAAGGUGUUUCCUUUGCUGGAGAAGGGGGAUUAUGGCUCUGCCCGGAGGGCUUCCUUGGUACUGUCUGUCAGUAAUCACCUUGCUGCUGCUCCUAUCUAGGGGGUCUGGGGCCCAGAAGGAUUGCACAGGUGUGGACUGCAAGCCCUUGGAGAAUUGCAUUGAGGAGGUGCUGGAGCCUGGGGAGUGCUGUGCCUCCUGCCUGCAGCACGGCUGCACCUGUGAGGGUUACCAGUACUACGACUGUGUCAAUGUUGGCUUCAUGAAUGGCAAGGUGCCUGAGGGGCAGUCCUACUUUGUGGACUUUGGAAGCACCGAAUGCUCUUGCCCCAAAGGUGGCGGGAAGAUCAGCUGCCAGUUCAUGCUUUGCCCAGAUCUGCCCCCAAACUGCAUUGACGCCGUCAUCCCGUCGGAUGGCUGCCCACAGUGUGGACGUAUAGGCUGCUUGCACGAGGGCCAGAAGUAUGUGGCAGGUCAUACUGUCCGCAUGCCCCAAUGCAAAGUCUGCCACUGCCCAAACUCUGGUGGCGAGCUCAUUUGUUACCAGGUCCCAGGCUGUGAUGCCUCUGCCUUUCACCUCUCUGGCAACCUCUCCGAGCAUGAGGACAAUGACCCCGACAGACAUUACGAUGACCCCUACAGCUAUGACCAGGAGGCUUCAGAAGGAGACGCAGCACAGGUGGAAGCGCCGACAAAAGGCUGGACAGUUCCAGGCGCCCAGCCUGCCCCGGACCUCAGCAGCCUAGAGCAGCUGGAGCUGCAGAGUGAGAAUACAAACACUAUGGCCAACAAUACAACCCUUCCGGGAUUUACCCACCUUGUCUCCCCUACCAGGCAGGCAGCUGCUGUGGCCAUGGACCCCAAAGUCCCCAGCCAGUCUAGAACCAGGAGUGUGAUGGAACAGAAAGAGAAGGGAGUCAUAGAUGAAGAAGAAGAGGAGGAGGAGGAGGAGGAGGAGAUAGAGGAAGAAGAGAGGGGAGAAGAUGAUGGCUACCCAGAACCCUCCAAGGCACAUGAGGUGAAUGAAAAAGCCACUGGAGCUAGAAGUAUUUACGAGAAGCCAGAGGAGAGACAGAAUUCAAACAAUGCUGUAGAAUCCGAGGAAAGAGCCCAGGAGAGAGGCAAAGAACAAGGGAGGGCAGAGCCCGAAGGAAACACCAUUCCCAAUGUUCAUCCACACCCCAGAGACAGGGGAAGGGAUGGCGAAAGGAGUGCCAGCAUUGGAUUCCAAGAGGUGACUCCCACAGAAAGAAACAUGCCCCAGCCAGCUCAAGUGGGUCGAGUGGAAAAGACCAUCCCCAAAGUGAAAUUUACUCCAACCACUCUCCCUCCUGUUGCUCUCCAAAAGGAUCCAACUGAGGAGACCCCCAAACAGUCCCAGACUCUCUACCACUAUCCACCUCAAGAGAAGGUUGACCCUAACUCCAUUCAUUCUGACCCUGGAAGCCAGGAAGGUUCUACCAAAGACCUGAUAGAGACGUGUUGUGCAGCUGGACAACAGUGGGCCAUCGACAAUGCCGAGUGCAUAGAGAUACCUGUGAGUGGGGCUGAUGGUGAUGUUUGCAGGAUUGCCCAGAAGCAGUGCUGUAUCUCCUACUUGAAAGAAAACAGCUGUGUUGCUGGGAUGGUUGGUGCCAAGGAAGGUGAAGUCUGUGGGCCUGAGGAGAAUGACACCUGUGGAGUCUCCCUGUACAAGCAAUGCUGUGACUGCUGUAACCUGGGCCUGAAAGUCAAGAACGAGGGGCAGAUGUGUGAGUCCAACCCAAAUCUGGGAUAUCCCUGCAACCAUGUGAUGCUGUCCUGCUGCGAGGGGGAGGACCAUCUCAUCAUGCCUGAGGUCCGGAAGCCCCCUGAGCCUUUACCCACAGUGACACCACAGAAAGUUUCAGAGACGGAGAACCUCCAUGAAGCCUUGUCCAUCAGCCAGGAGUCAGAGCUGUCCAAUAGCCUGCCUGGGGAUGACCGAGAUGAGUGCCUUCUGUACCCUGGUGAGCUCUGUCAGCACCUGUGUAUCAACACCGUGGGCUCCUAUAAGUGUGCCUGCUUUCCCAGAUUCACCCUGCAAGAAGAUGGGCUCAGUUGCCUUCCAGAUAGUGAAAUGAUGAAGCCAAGCACUCGAGAAGAGGGGCCCCUAGCCCCUGAAGCCCCCCACAGCCAACCUGAAGUCAUGCAUCUGCCUCAGCCAGUUCCAAACACUUGCAAAGACAAUGGUCCUUGUAAACAAGUGUGUAACAUCAUAGAGAACAGAGUCAUGUGCUCAUGUUUCCCUGGCUACGCCAUCAUGGCUGAUGGAGUCUCGUGUGAAGACAUGGACGAGUGCCUCAGAGGUGCUCACGAUUGUACCCGAAGACAGUUUUGUGUGAAUACGUUGGGAUCAUUCUAUUGUGUCAACCACACAGUGAUCUGUGCCGAGGGCUUUAUCCUCAACAUGCAUAGGAAGUGCGUGGAUAUUAAUGAGUGUGUGACGGACACACACACAUGCAGCCGAGGCGAGCACUGUGUGAACACAGUGGGGUCCUUCCACUGUUACAAAGAUCUCAACUGUGAGUCGGGAUAUGAGUUGAAAGAAGGAGAGUGUGUAGAUAUCGAUGAGUGUGCCCAGGGGACCCACAGCUGUAAAGUCAACUUUGUGUGUCAGAACACCCAGGGUUCUUUCUACUGUGAAUCCAAGCAGCGCUGCAUGGCUGGGUUUCUACAAGACCCAGAGGGCAACUGUGUGGACAUUAAUGAAUGCACUUCUCUUCCUGAGCCAUGCAAGCCUGGAUUUAAUUGCAUCAACACUGUUGGGUCCUACACUUGUCAGAGGAAUCAGCUUCUGUGUACCCGGGGAUACCAUUCUAGCGAGGAUGGGUCCAAGUGUGUGGAUGUUGAUGAAUGUGAGACAGGUGUCCACCGGUGUGGCGAGGGCCAGGUAUGCCACAAUCUUCCUGGGACUUACCGCUGUGACUGCAAGAUGGGCUAUCAAUAUGAUGCUUUCAGCAGAUCCUGUGUUGACGUAAAUGAGUGUUGGAGCUAUCCAGGACGCCUGUGCCAGCAAGCCUGUGAAAACACCCCUGGUUCUUACCGCUGCUCCUGCUCCUCUGGAUUCCAGCUGGCCUUUGAUGGAAAGCAUUGUGAAGAUGUGAAUGAGUGCGAAAACAACCCUUGCAGCCAGGAAUGUGCCAACGUCUACGGUUCCUACCAGUGCUACUGCCGGCAAGGCUACCAGCUCGCAGAGGAUGGGCACGCGUGUAAAGACAUUGAUGAGUGCACCCAAAGUGCUGGCAUCCUCUGUACCUUCCGUUGCGUCAAUGUCCCUGGCAGUUACCAAUGUGCCUGUCCUGAGCAGGGCUACACCAUGAUGGCCAAUGGCCGGACCUGCAGAGACCUCUUCAUGAAGGGCCUAUCUGAGGGGAUCUCACCAGGCCGCCAACUCCAUAGGGUCCAGGCAGCAUCAAAGCCCUCCACCUAG